AUGACGCUACUUCAACAAACCAUUGAGGAGCACGUCCUGACCCCCACUUUGUUGCCCAACCUUCUCCUCGCAACAAGGACGGCUCUCUUCCCAGCCAAUGCCCGGCCGCAAUCACUGGGUGUGCCCUCUGUGAAUAUUGAAGCGCCCGCUCCGACUCCGCAGGUGUCCGUGCAAUCGUCGGUUGGAGGCAAAGCCCUCGCGACCCCAAAAUCCUCCUCGGCGCCCAUCCUAGAAGUAGGAAAAGGCACGGCGACUACCCAAGUUGAUCACGAAAGUAGCAGCAAUAAUGAAAGCAACAGCAACGGUGUUGGCGGCAGUACUCACGCGCCGCGAACAUCAUCCCCAGGGCCGGGAAUAGCAAUUACCCCGACAGUAUCUCUCUCGGCAGUCAAUACGAUCAAAGUUCCUGCCAGCGGGACGCCAAUGACGGGAUCGGAGAAAAAGCAAGACCUAGCACGCCCUAAUCCGGAGAUCGCCGCUAUCAAGCGGCGAUGUGCAGCUAGUCUCCUCGCCGUGAUCCCGCGCAAUGUCGCACGAACCUUUUUCGCCGCUCCGACUCCCUCUAGCAGUGAUCGUUCCUGCAGCACCGCCAGUGGUAGCUUGUCCUCCCUCACCAGCAUUAGACCGUCUCCACCCACAUCACGAGAUGAGGAGAAAUGUGGGGUCCAGCCCCGAUCGUUUCAGGGAGCCAGCUCGACGUCACAGUUGCCCCAGUCAAACUCCACGCCUUCAGGCUCGAGUAUGAGUGGUGGCAAGACUGGGACCGAGCGGUUGUAUGUUGACGAACGAGAUGGCGAACAAGAUAGUGUUGAUUUGGAAGAGUUGUAUCUUCUGGAGACUAUCGAGGAUGAUCUGCUGGAUCUUUUCGCCGACGAGUACUGUAACAAGCACUUGAUCUAUUCGAUUAUCGAGACAGUCUUGUCUAAGGUUCUCCCGGAGCUGACGGAACGCAGUAUUCUAGACCUCAUGGAGGAUCGGGGGGUGACACCCAUUUCUGGCGGGUUCUAA